GCUAAGACGUAGACACACAGAGACGCAGUUGCAACGCGAAGACGUGUGGUUCGCUCCCUCAGUUUGAAGUGUUCGUGUGCAACCCGAUACUUUUCUGAGAUUUAGUCGUGUGACAACGUCGCGUCGCGUUUUACAACGUGUGUUUGCCUGGGUAUGUUGGUUGAGUGUUAAUGGAUCUUACAUCGCGUCUCAUGCUCAAGUGUGCAAGAGGACCAAUGUCCUCCUCCUUCAACCUUCUCACUUGGACAACGCUACUAUCGAACGACAACUGCUAUGUAUAGUUCGUCGUGGUUCCGAUAGGGCGAAGCAACGAAUCAUUCGCUGAUUACUGAAUAAGAUCACCGCAUCCCGUGGGAUAGUGACUGAUCCUAUAUGCUGUUUACGCAGUCCUGCUGAAUAAGCGCAAAGAAAUUGGUACGGGGACACGGACGGCAGAACGCCACAUGGAAAUGAUCUUAAUCGGUGCUGUUUGCUUCAACGCUGCUUAACUGGUUUUUCCCACGCGGGAGGAGUUGGAACAGAGACGUUGACGAGCAACACGAGAAAGAGAUGACACCUCGAUGAAGGAUGCACGUGGCUUUGUCCCCGGAGGCUGCUGGCAACGGUUCCGGAGUGGUGGGGUCGACGGGCACAGCCAACGGUUCAACACCCUGGGGAUCGGAAGAGGAGCCCGAGGACCUCUUCCGGCGAAGCGACAUCCGCAUCAGCCUUAUCUUGGCCUAUUCCCUCGUCUUUUGUUGCUGCUUCUUUGGCAACCUCCUGGUAGUCAUCGUGGUCGUCAUGCACCGACGCAUGCGCACCAUCACCAACUUCUUCCUCACGAACCUGGCCAUUGCAGACCUGUGCGUGGGCAUCUUCUGUGUCUACCAGAACCUGUCCAUCUACCUGAUGGACGAAUGGCCCUUCGGUGACUUUCUCUGCCGGAUGUAUUUCUUCGUGCAAGCGCUCAGUUAUACGGCUUCCGUGGGCAUCCUAACCGUCAUCUGCGUGGAACGCUACAUAGCCAUUGUGCAUCCCAUGUGGAGCAAGCACGUCAUAACGCUUAGACGGCUCAGGAUGGUCGUUUUCGUCGUGUGGCUUGUCAGCGCUUGCUUCUGUUCUCCACGGCUGUUCAUGUGCGGCACUGAACAGGUACCUUCGCACACCGGCGAUGACACCAUCCAGCUCUGUAUCACGCGUCGCUUCGUCUACGACUCCAGAUUGUACGACGUCCUCAACUUUGUCGUCUGUUUCUUCCUGCCUCUAGUCAUCAUGUCUGUGAUGUACUUUAUAAUCGGACUGAAGCUUUGGAAAAGCAGCGUGCCAACGACUUAUUCGGUGAAAAAGCAGUGCUUCAAAACCGAGCCGCGGAAGCCCGACAUAGAACUGACGCACAUUCAUGUCCCAGAAGCCGCGAAAGAAGUGCGGAAGUCGCUAUCGGCUGACGUCAUAUGCUCCUCGACACUGUCAGAACGUACGCACAGUAGCGAGACCCUCGUGGUACGUGUGUCAAGACCCGUGACUCCCUUGGAGACUUGCAGCGACACCGAGCUGACGGACAACAACAACGCCGAUAGGAGUCUAGUUGAACCCAGCAAAGUCUCCAAGAAGUCCAAGUCCAAAAGACGUCGCAUACAAACAAACGUCAACGUCGUCAAUCAAAUCCACCAACACUACCAGAUACAGGCUGCCGCAACUGUCCUGCGAGCGCGAAGAAAGGUGAUAAGACUUCUGGUGGCCGUCGUCCUGGGCUUUGCCGUCUGUAACCUGCCGUUUCAUGCGAGGAAGUUCUACCAGUACUGGUCUUCUCGCUACGAUGGCGCUUCGCACUCGGCGGUUACCACGACGAUAGCGACGACGCUUGUAUUGUACAUGAACUCUUUCAUCAAUCCCAUCUUGUACGCGUUUCUUUCGGAUAACUUCAGGAAGAGUAUGAAGGACGUCUUGUUGUGCCGUGCUGGAAAGAGGAUAAGGAGACUGUCAUCGAAUAGGUCAAACGGUAGGACUUCAGCGUCCUAUGUGUUCCAACAUGAAACGCACGCAGCAUCAUUACAGGGGAACGGAAUGGUUUAACGAAUGUCGAGGAGGAUGACGUGUGUGCGUUGCGGCGAACAUGAGGUCAGCUAUAGGCGAGGCGGUGGCUUGGUUGGACGUUCUUAGAGAGCUUAUUCGCUGUUAACCUGGGGAAAGGCCGCUUGUGUGAUAUUGUGGAAGCUAACACAUGUAACAAACUCUCAGUGCUCUUUCUGCGUUAAUCUGUGUUCAGACACCACAGUUUACAUGCGCAUUGUAUAGCAUCGUCGUCGUGUAAAAUUGUGCUGUCAGCUAAGUGUCUUUCAGUGUUCGCUGGAAAGAGCGCGCGAUGAAAAACUGAGACGUUCAACAGCACAGUGAAGAGCCCACGAGAAGUGUUCAGCCUUGGGAGGCAGCUAUGUCAUUGUUGCUCUGCAUCUGCUAAUUAAAUUAAACGCUAAUUUAUAUCGCUA